GCCAUUGUUUUUGAAUAAAAACGACUUGGAAAAACCGUGAGCUUAGUCUAUACAUACCUUUUCUCACAAGCUUCCGACGACAGUGAUCUCUCAGAUACUUAGAAUGGCUCAAUUGCCAACCAAGAGGCUCUGUUCUAUGCAUUUCAAUGGAAAGCUUCCUUUUAGUUUUUGGAGCUCAAAUGAAUGAACUUGCAACUGGUUUGCGUCUUUGCAAGAUAGCGGUGUCAGAGCCUUGUGGGUGGCGCGUGGCGAGACUUGUAGGCUGAAGGAGAUUUGUGGUGAUAUGGGGUUAGUAGUGCCAUGGUGCGACCAAUUGAUGGGGUUGUCUCAUUCUUCAAUAGGGGAUUUUUGACGCAUUGCGGGUGAAAUUCCUCUCAAGAAGGUGUGUUUUGGGCUGUUCCUUUUCUCACCAUCUCCAUAUUAUUUUAAGCUUCUUCAACAGCCAUCAAUCAUCUUUUCUCACGAGUCACAGGUAACUCUAGCUUUCAUCUUGAUUCUGUUUCAUUGAAUUCAAGACUCUGUUUUUUUCAUCUCAGCAACAUGUGCUUUUUAUGGAUUAACCAUUCCUUAAGAAAGCAAAGCAAUUGAUUUGAUUAUCUUGGCUUCACAUUGUUAAAUCCAUGAAGCUUUAUGCAUUAGAAAAUCAAUAAGAACUCCUGAAUUCAAAUUUGCAGAAAAACAAAAUAGAUUGAAGGGUAGAGUCCGAAGAAAUAAGCUUCACGUUGUUAAAUCUUGACUUCUAUUCGUUAGAAAAUCAAUGGAAGCCUUUGCCCAUCUUUUUGUCUACUCUUUCUUAUUCUCCUCCCUCUUUAGAACCUCCAUUACACAAGACACUAUUACUCCAACUCACUCAAUCAGAGACGGUGACACUUUAGUUUCGGCUGCCCAAUCAUUUCAAUUGGGAUUCUUCAGUCCAGGCAAUUCCAAAAGUCGAUAUGUGGGAAUUUGGUACAUGCUAUCUUCCGAUAUAGUUGUAUGGGUAGCCAACAGAGACGCUCCGCUUAACGAUCACUCUGGAGUUUUAAAGGUCACUGAUGAUGGAAUUCUUGUGCUUCUUAAUAGCACCAAUAGUAUUGUUUGGUCAACGAAUACCUCAAGAACCGCUGAAAAUCCAGUUGCACAGCUCUUCGACACCGGUAAUCUUGUUGUGAAAGAUAGAAAUGAUGACGACCCAUAUAACUUUUUGUGGCAGAAUUUUGAUUAUCCUUGUGACACACUCCUACCGGAAAUGAAGCUUGGAUGGAAUUUAGUAACUGGUCUAGAUAUAUUUUUAUCAUCUUGGAAGAGCACGGAUGAUCCUGCUCCAGGUGAGUAUUCAAUACUGAUAGAUCCUCGUGGGCUUCCGCAACUGUUCUUCAUGAAGGGAGAUUCAAUAAAAGCUAGAGCAGGGUCAUGGAAUGGCCUUCUUUUUACAGGUCAAUGGUUGGGUCAUGGUGUAAGACCGAAUCCAGUAUUUGAGUAUGAAUUCGUGUUGAAUGAGAAGGAGGUCUAUUACAAGUACAAACUCCUAAACAGUUCUGUUUUCGCAAGAUAUGGGGUAAACCCAUUAGGCAUUGUACAGCGAUUCAAUUGGGUGGAUCGAACACAUAGUUGGGAACUUUUCUUUACAUCCCAGUCAGAUCAGUGUGAAAAUUAUGCCUUAUGCGGAGCAUAUGCUACCUGUAACAUCAACAACUCUCCUAUAUGUGCAUGCUUGGAAGGAUUCUUACCCAAGUCUCCAAAAGAUUGGGAUUCAGGAGAUUGGCAUGAUGGGUGUGUUCGAAGGGCUUCUUUGAAAUAUGAUGAUGGAGAUGGAUUCCGGAAGCGCACAGGGGUGAAAUUGCCCGACACAUCUUCUUCCUGGUAUAACAAGAGCAUGACCCUCAAGGAAUGCGAAGGAAUGUGUUUGAAAAAUAGCUCCUGCACAGCAUAUGCAAGUUUAGAUGUCAGGUGGGGAGGAAGCGGUUGUGUGCUUUGGUUUGGUAGCCUAGUUGAUAUAAUAGAAUUCGCUAAGGGCGGACAAGACCUCUAUAUAAGGAUGGCCAUUUUAGAACUGGAUCAUCUUGAGAAAAAGAGGUACUCCAACAAGAAGAAGCUAGUAGCAAUUAUCAUCGGUUCAACAUUUCUAGUCGUGGGAAUGACAAUAGUUGCACUGGUCUCAUUCAUAUGGAAGAAGAAACUCAGAAACCAAGGAAUGACAAAAAGAAGUCAGACGAAGGAUCAUGACAAUGAAGGUGGGAAGGACGAUAUGGAGUUAAAGAUAUUUGAUUUGGUUGAAAUAGCUAACGCCACAGAAAAUUUCUCAAAAAACAAGAAGCUGGGAGAAGGUGGCUUUGGACCUGUGUACAAGGGUACAUUGCUUGAAGGGAGAGAUAUAGCUGUGAAGAGGCUUUCAAAGAAUUCUGGACAAGGACUAAACGAGUUCAAAAAUGAAGUUUUUUUGAUUGCCAAACUGCAACACCGUAAUCUUGUGAAGAUUCUUGGUUGUUGCAUUCACGAAGAUGAAAACAUGUUAAUCUAUGAAUACAUGCCCAACAAAAGCUUGGACUCCUUUAUUUUUGAUCAAACAAAGAGUAAAUUACUAGAUUGGCAUAAGCGCAUCAGCAUUAUUCAUGGUGUUGCUAAAGGGCUUCUUUAUCUUCAUGAAGACUCUAGAUUGAGAAUAAUCCAUAGAGAUCUCAAAGCUAGCAAUAUCCUUCUAGAUAACAAUAUGAAUCCAAAAAUUUCGGACUUUGGCUUGGCUAGAUCAUUUGGGGGAGAUCAAAUUGAUUCCAAGACAAAUAAGAUUAUCGGAACAUUUGGUUAUAUGUCUCCCGAGUAUGCGGUGCAUGGACGGUACUCGGUAAAAUCUGAUGUAUUUAGCUUUGGAGUUUUAGUAUUGGAGACAAUGAGUGGGAAGAAGAACAGUAGAUUUUGUCACCCAGACCACCACCUUAAUCUUCUUGGACAUGCAUGGAAACUAUGGAUUGAAGAUAGGCCAAUGGAGCUGCUCGAUGAAUUGGUAGGUGACUUGUGUACUCUAUCUAAUGUAUUACGACACAUUCAUGUGGGUCUAUUAUGUGUGCAACGAAAACCAGAAGAUAGACCAAACAUGUCGUCUGUGGUUCAAAUGUUGAGUAGUGAGAGUUUAUUGCCUAAGCCAAGACAGCCGGGUUUCUUUACGGAUUCACAAACAAAUCCUUCAUCUAGCAAGCAUGCAACUAGUUCAACAAACCAAAUCACCAUGACAUUGUUGGAAGCACGCCCCUGCUUUGGAUGAAGUAUUCCAUUUUUUCCCUUGCUCAAACUGCUACUUCCCUGUUUGGAAUUACUUCAUUGGGACAGAAUGAUUAAGGGUUUGUUCCUAUGGAGGGUCUAUUUGGGCUGGUGACUAUCAAAUGGCUCAUGGAUGGAGAAAUGGUAGGGAAAGGAGGGUAAAUUUUGCAUAUGAAUGACCAUUUCAAGAUUUUUUUAUUUUUUUUAAUAAAAGAUAAAAGAAUAAAACCCUGCCUCAAGGCAAUGUAACCUGAACUCUUGAUGUUAUGCCAUUAUGUACCCAGCAGGGCAGGUGAUCCAUUGAGUUGGGAAAAAUCAGUUUUGUGAACCCUUUGAG